GAAAAAGAGGCAUACGGCGCCGUUUUGUGCAGAUAGUCAGUUAGGCACUAGGCAAAGUAUCGCCUAGAACGCUCUGCCCUAUUCUCCAUCUCCCUUCUCUCUCAAUUCUUCGCUGUACCCGCGAUGUCGACGGUGCCUUCAACAUCCGCAGCUGCUUCGUCAUCUUCUUCGCAGUACACGUACUCCAAUGGCACAUACUUCCCGACGCCGUUUCACCUCCAACAGCAGCCGUCGCAAUCAUACAUCGGCGCUGCCCCCCCGCCGAGUCAGCUCCCUGCCCCUCCCGUUGUUCCUACUGUAUAUCCACCUCCGCCCCCUCUACCUGGCGUGUAUUCGUUGCCUCAGUUCCAACAAGCACAACAGCUGUUUCAAAGGGAUGCCCAAACAAUUACGCCAGAAGCACUCGAAAAUGUGAAAGCUGCACUUGCAAGCAGUGAUAUUGAGCAUAAAGUGGAGGCUAAGAAGAAAUCAUUGCCCCGUAAAGCCGCAGGGCAAAGUUGGGAGGACCCCACUCUCGCUGAUUGGCCAGAAAAUGAUUAUCGCCUGUUUUGUGGUGAUCUUGGAAACGAGGUGAAUGAUGAUGUCUUAUCAAAAGCAUUUUCAAGAUUCCCUUCUUUUAACAUGGCAAGGGUUGUGCGUGACAAGCGUACUGGUAAAACUAAAGGCUUUGGAUUUGUAAGUUUUUCAAACCCUUUGGACCUUGCUGCAGCUCUUAAAGAAAUGAACGGUAGGUAAUAUUUUCACAUCUACAGAUUUUUGGAUCUCUUAUGCGUGUUUCGGGUAGGACCCGUAAGUACCACCUUAAACUAUGAAAAGACUCAUGCUGUCUCUGAAAGGUAAAUAUGUCGGGAAUAGACCAAUUAAACUUAGGAAGAGCAAGUGGCAGGACAGGAUUGACGUUGAAGCUGUAGAAAGACAAAAGAACCACUCUUACAAGAAGGGGAAAAUGUCAAAGAAGAGUGUAUUGCAUAAGUGAGCACUAUGAUGAAGUUGAGCUUUGACUGUAUGGAACAUUUGGGUGUUUGGCUUGCUCGCAUAUGCAUCCCAUGGGUGAAUUACUCCCACUUGAUGCAGUGAUGUACACUUUCUGAUAUUUGCGACUUCUCUGUAUUUGUUUAUCCUUAAGACCAUUUAUAGAAGUUCCAGAUGAAAAAGCUCCCAGUGAAUGUAUGAGCUGUCAGCCUCAUGGUGAAAGUUAAAAAUUUUAAUUUCAUUUAUUGGGAUGAGAUGUAUUUGCCUAUUUGGCUAUUUGAGUCGCAUUAAACUAUUCACAGAAUCAAGUGCAUGUACUGAUGUACAUAUGCAUCUUUGCAAUUUUCACAUUGCUACUCUAGUUUGUUAUACUUGUUAACAAAUGCAUCACCCUUGUGUUUCUUUAGUGUUUUAUUUUAUAAUAUACAAAAAAUGGUGUGGCAAAUUGUAAUUUAUUUGUAUUUGUUUCGAUAACAUAAUGUCAUAA